UGAAUAUUGAAACUCACGCGGUAUAUGUAGAAUUUUUCCCGUGAGAUGGAGGGUUUUUGUCCUGAAUGUUCACGUUCUGGCUUUUCAGUCCCUUUAUUAAAAGUUAGGUCGUCUGCUGGUUCAAUAAAUGGAAUCUGCUCUUCAAACAAGUGUUCAUACCCAUUUUCAGUGUACACUGAUCUGCAGUUAUCACGUAAGGUAAAGUUAUUUUUUGACAGUCGUUAGUUAGUAGAAGUGUAGAUGAUCAUGCAUCUGAAGAGUCUCAAACGGUUCGUGGUUUUCUUGACGAGUUGUUUGGUGAUGAUGGUAAGAAUGGCGAUGAUGAAAAUUCAUCUAAAAGUGUUGACACUUCUCACCCUUUUGAUAAUUGUGUGCCCACAAGCUCUGCCUCUGAUUUCGAUAUGAUGCAAACGGAUGUAUGCGACAGCUCUCCAGUUGAUAAUCUGUUUCAAAACAAUUAUAUGCUUCCGCGAUACUUGGCAGAUGACAUGAAAAGAAUUAUCAGCGAAGAUUUGUCUUAUUCAAAACGUUCACAAUUCCAAACUACACAUAACCCCCACAUGUUUGGAAAGCUUAAUCGAAGUAGCGACAGCGGAAUUUCAAUCUCUUCUCGGUCAUCUAAACCAUCUACUCUGAGUUACAGUGAACAUGUCGCCCAACGGUUGCUCAACCAAAGCGAUGCUGUUUCAACUUCUAAAUCAGUUUCCAAAUCUUCCUUCCCACUUAGCAACGCAAAGAGUAUGAGUCUUUUGGAUCGGAUGGUCAAGCUUCAUGAAGAACGGACGCAACUCCACUAAUAUAUAUAUAUUCAUCCUACCCUCAAAAAUGUUUCUAAUCUUUUGUAUUUAAACCUACAAAUUAGCUUGUUAUCAAUACAAACUCUUAUGUACAGGCUGUUUGACUUUGUUUUAAAGUCAUUCAAAUAAAUUAUGUUUUUCUUUGA